AUGAAUGAGGUGGACUUAAGUAGUAGUAAUCUUGCAACGAAUAUUACUGUAGGUGCUGCUGGAAAGGUUGGAGACGGAGUCAACUCUUAUUUUGUGUACAAGGUCGCAUCAGCUGACGACGUGGUCGUAGAACGUCGCUAUUCGGACUUCCUAUGGCUGCACACUCAACUAUCGAAGCAGUGCGCUGGUUAUGUGAUUCCACCACUCCCAGCCAAGGUUGUAGGGCUACUACAAGGUCCUGAGUUCCUCGAGCAUCGUCGUGGCGGUCUUGAGCGUUUCUUGCGCAAGGUGGUAAAUCACGACGAGCUCCGGAACUCCAACUACUUUUGCAGUUUUCUCGAGUGUUCUAUUGUGGAACUCACCACUCUCAAGGUCGAAGCACAGCGUGCUAAUGCUCUUGAUGCCACGACCUUGUCGUCUGUUGUACAGCGCACACAGAUGCUUCAUAAUUGGUGGGGGAAGACAUACCAGCGUAUGGUAGAGAAUGACGCACUCAGCAUUUUUGGCUUGCGUAACAAUGGCGAGGAUGGAGAAAAUGGUGGUGUCAUUGAGGAUCUAGAGUUUACAAAUGCUACCAAGUAUGUGGUCAAGCUGCACGCACAAAUUCAGUUGCUAAAGAGGAAAGUACGCGCUGCCAGCCAACAGAAUAAGCUGGCGGCCGGUGCCCAUUGCGACCUCAUUGAGUGUCUCAACUGGGUGGCCGACGCCGAGGAAGAGAACUCAGAGAUGCCGUCGUCUUAUUACAUUGCAUUGGUGGCUGUGCUAGACACGCGCGCUCGCCAAAUGGACGCCGAGCUUGAAGCUUUCUCCAUCAGUGUUGACGACAUUGCUCGUUGGAUCAAGGCCGUGCAGAAUGCUCUUGACGUGCGAGAAGACCGCAGGUAUCUGUACCAGGCACAGCUCGCUGCACAUCAAAAGGCAGUGAACGGUGAUGGUCCAAAUUCUCCGUCGGUCGCCCGGCUUAGCAACGAGCUUGUAGCUGUCAAAGACGAGUACGAGCGUGUGCAUGCUCGUGUGAUGGGCGAGGUGGCACGUUUUCGUGGCCAAAAGGCGAUCGAGCUUAAGAAACUGUUUGUAGAGUUUGCACAGCUGCAGCUGCGCAACUCGAAGGAGAUGGAAAAGAUCAUAACGCAGAGUAUCAUGGAGCUGGAAAACCCGUUGCCAGCCAGGCUCCUGUACGCCGCACAGACUCCAGCAUCCUGUACAAGCAUGUUCAAGUCGUGCGACACGUUUGGGUUGAACAAUAACGACGCGAUUUGUACCACCAGGUCUACGCCUUCCACCCAGUCCCCCACAGGCAGCAGAAACGCUGACGCCACGAAUUUAGUCAAUGAUUCCGACUCGGACAACGUUAUUUAA